AUGUAUAGCCAUCCCAACUUGUCAGCUUCAUCUACCGGUUCUUAUUCUAAGCGAUUGUCUUCAAACAAUCCUUUCAGGUCGGCCAUUCUCCAAGAGGAAUCAAGAAUUGUCAGCGAUGACUCAAAUUACAGGCGUUGGCUGGAGAAGCAUGCGGAGGAAGGUGUAGACUCAGACAACGAAAAUCUUCCUCCAACUAAGACUUAUGCUAAGCCAGAAUUGUAUUCUGCAAACUCGGAGUCAUCAAUGUAA